GACAGCAAUAGAGGUUUCAAAGGUUGCAGGUCAAACAGAGGGACCUGCAGAUCUAACUCAAGGAGCUGAGAGCCAGACUGAGCCCACAGAGGUUGAUGCUCAACCAACAGAAGUCAGAGAGACGGUAUCGCACUUAGAUUCAACAGAAGGAGAUGUGAUCGUUGCUCAACCUGUUCUUUUGGAUCUUGCGAUUCAUGCCAAUGAAACAAUAGAGCUAGAAUCAAAGGCUCCUGCAUCCCUAUCACCAAUAACAGGCAAGGUCGAUCACUCAAUGCUGACGAAUAUUUUAGAGGUUGACGAUCAACCAACAGAAGUCAGAGAACCAGUAUCACAUUUAGAUUCAAAAGAAGAUGUGAUCAUUGCUCAACCUGUUCUUUUGGAUCUUGCAAUUCAAGUCAAUGAAAUAGUAGAGCUAGAAUCGAAGGUUCCUGCAUCCCCACCACCAAUAAUGGAGACUGUUGAAGCCUUGACAGCAACAGAGGUUUCAAAGAAUAAAGUUCAAGCAGAGGAACCUGCAGAGCCAGCAAAUCUAACUCAAGGAGCUGAGAGUCAGAUUGAGCCAACAGAGGUUGAUGUUCAACCAACAGAAGUCACGGAGCCAGUGUUGCACUUAGAUUCAACAGAAAGAGAUGUGAUAGUUGCUCAACCUGUUCUCUUGGAUUGUGCCAUUUAUGGAAAUGAAACAGUAGAGCUAGAAUUGAAGGUUCCUGCAUCCCCACCACCAAUAAUGGAGAGUGUUGAAGCCUUGACAGCAACAGAGGUUUCAAAGGACAGAGUUCAAGCCGUGGGGGCUGUGGAACCUAUAACUCCAGCACAAAUAAAUGAGAGCCAGAAACAGAUUGAGCUACCUGAGAUUGAUGAUCAGGCACUUGAGACCACAGAACCAGAGGAAUACUUAAGUGCACCAGAAAGAGCUGUGAUCACAACUCAUCCAAUGAUGUUUGAUGCUGGCAUCCACACAACUGAAACAGUAGAUCUAAUCGCAAAUGCACCAGAUUCCCCAACAGUGACAGCAGAUAUAAUGGAAGACUUGGAACAGACGGAUGUGUUGGGGUCUGAUGUACAGGCAGAAGAGGCAAGUUCGGCUGAGAGCCAGAAACAGUCAGAGCUAACUGAAACAAGCCUUCAAGCUACAGAAAUCACAGAACCAGAGGUAAACCUUGACUCAACUGAAAUGGCUUUGAUCACCACCCAAGCUGUUCUGUUGGAUGAUGGCAUAUAUGCAAUCAAAACAGUAGAACUAGAAGAAGUAAUAGAAGAAGAAAUCAAAUCAGUGGAGAAAGAAACCUCUAGUAUCCAGUCAACAGAAACGAUUCAACCAGUUAGUCAAACAGAAAAAGUAGAGGGCUUCCUGAGAGAACCACUACCCUCUGAAGCGUGUCAUCAAGAAACAAAAGCAAAGAAAGAGCACGUUAAUAACCCAGAGGAGGAGAAUGAACAGGAUGUGUGGAUGGAUGCUGAGGAAGGUAUUUACAGCCAAGAGGAAACAGAGGUGUCCUUUGUUGAGGUCGAGGAACAUCUAGAGUCCGAGGAAGAGAGUUUCCAGGAGGAAGAGGCAGGGCUUGAAGAGGAAGUUAAAAUAGAUCCUAAUGUCGAGACAGAAGAAGAAGAAGAAGAAGAAGAAGAAGAAGAAGAAGAAGAAGAAGAAGAAGAAGAAGAAGAAGGUCAACAGGAAGUGUACAAAACAGGAGAAGUAUGUGAAAUUGAAAGUGAGGGUGAAGGUGAAGAUUUUGCCAAUGCACUUGAGCAUCAGGAAUAUGCAACUUCGAGUGUUACUACCAUAGAGUGGGACUAAUUUCACUUAACUCGAGUGGUAACAGGUUGGACAGUCAAAAAGGAAAAUCAAGCUGGUAUUCUCUGAAAAGCAGUUAAGAUGAUGACAGACUUUGGAAGAGGAAACAGGAAACAGCAAUUUGCUGCUUUUAUUCUCCAUAUGUUCAUCCAAAAAUAUGUGUGUAUUUCAUGGUGAAAAUGGCCCUUAUUUAUGGGCUUAUUUUAUUAGUAAUAUAAAGUGUGUGAUUAACAAGAGCGAUCUUGAAAGAGAAGUAUCAACUGUAACAGUGCUGAGUUUUUCACUCUUGUGUAGAGAAAGACUAAAGGUUUGACAGUGAACUACAUUCAUAAUGAUGUGGCAUCUUUCAAUUAAUUUGAAGUCUUUUUUGAUAUAAUGCAGCUUUUAUACUAAUCAUGUCAAGUCUUUUAAAUCCUAAAUAUAUUUGUGCAAAGCUCUAUCUUUAUUGAAGAUGUUCCGAUUGCAAAUUGCUUUUUGUUAAAACUGAAAGUUAAAUUCAGAUAAACUGAAGGUAAGAAAACACACUGAACAGUCAUAAUUGUGCACAGUCUAUUUAACAUGGCAAACAAUGCAAAAUUGGUUUACAGUAUGGCUAACUCUAGUAGAGCUAGCACCAACAGCCUUUGGCCCUCCUUGCCGGUUACUGUCUACAUGCUUGUGCUACCCACAUACAACUUCAUCUCCAUUUUCUAGAUCAAGUUAAUGCCAAACCAUUCUGUGCUCUGUCAUCUGUGUUUGUUUACAUCUGGGUAGUAGAGCUUUAUGGCAUUAUGGCUGUACCCAUUAACCAGACCUACAGCUCUGGCUAGUGGAGCAGGCUACACUACAGCCUAAAUACAACAGACACUUCAGGUCUACAUUGGAAUUAUAAAUAAUUUGUUUAACUGACUGGUAAUUCUGCCGACUAGUGAGGGUGAUAAUGUUUAAUUGUUUAGUCGACUAAAUGUGAACAUCCCUGGAUAUCGCUGGAUUUUUUUGGAUUUAUGUUAGAGAAUAAGAUUACAUUCUUGUUCUAUUCUGUGCUUCAAAUACAUUUGUCUAAGUGUUAAGCACACUUUUCAGAGGCAACAUUACUUUUCUUGAUACAUUGGUAUGUAACUUGUUCAUCACAGCCUUUACGAUCUCUGUUCAUGAAAUGACUGUCAUUCAGUAUUUUACAUCUUUUCCCUAAGUACAUACUCUCAUGGGCUCGAUGCAGGAAAAACAGUGAGUAGACCCGAGUGUACUAGUGUAACUGUAUAUUAUCUUGUACAUAAGAACUCUUUUAAUGCUUCUAAAGGCUGCACUCAUUUUGAAGCUGCAAAUAUUUCUAUUUUGAAAAGUUUUAAAAUGAGAGCAUGAUGAGAGCAUGGCACAUCAAGAAUCUGCACACUUUUGAUUUGAACUUCUGACUGAAAAGUCAAAAGCAUUUAUUCAUAUAAUCAUCAGAGCCUUAAACUUCAUGGCAGCAUUAGUUGCUCAGUUUUUUUGUGUGUUAGCCUCAAAGAGCUUGCAGCGUCAACGGUUCCCCAGGAUGAGUGAGUAAAGUGUGAAGCGAGGGUGAGAGGAGGAAAUCAGGUUAUAACAGAAUGUGUGUCCUCUUUGGGUUUGUUUCCUUGUAUACUGACUUUUAUGGAAACUUCUUGCUGAUCUGAUUGUGUAUAUGUUAAU